AUUGCCCGUUCAACUUUGACCGGAAACUUCUGGUGUUUUCUGGAAGCAGUAGACGAUAUAAACAUAACGGAUACGUCAUGGCACGUACACCUGUGGAUUUAUCGACUCUGUGAAUAGUUAGAUUUUUUUGAUCAGACUCUACGUGAUGGAGGAGGAUGCAGAGACGGACAGAGCCGCCGUGAUACCGUCAACAGAGAAAAAGACAUGCGAGCGUCCGCCAUCCCCCAGCCAGGACCAGGACGUGAAGUCGACAGCGGUGAUGAAGUACGCGUCCGUGGAGAGUCCCGUCAGGUUCUCCGUACUGCAGAAGCUCACAGACCUGAAGCUGCCGCCGGCUAAUUGGCUGCGGAGUCAGGAGGGGGUGACGGGCAUCAAGAGUAACGUGUCCUGGGGCACAGGCAGUGGGGAGCCCUUUCUCAGUUUGAGCAUGGCCAACACUUUCCUGGAGACAGUAGAUGAAGUGGAUGUCAUCACAGAUGCAGAGAACAUCAAGAAACUGUUAAAGAUCCCAUUCAGUAAAGGCAGUGUUUCCCUGGCAGUACACAGGGUGGGGCGGACCUUACUGCUGGAUGAGUUUGACAUCUACAGUAGUCUCCUCAGAGCUGAGAGGGAAAACUGGAGGUGGUUGCGAGAUUUCUACUUAGAGCACGUCCUUGAGAAUGUGAAGGAAAAGGAGAAAAUCUUCUCCAGGAAGAAAAAGACAAGAGAUCACCUUCAAAACAGGAGUAUGUUCUCCAAGUUCCUGUAUAGAAGUAUUGAGGAUGGGAAGGAAGGCGAGUCUCCGCCCAGUUACUCAGAAGUGUGUGGUGAGGAGUGUGAGGAGGAAGGGGCAGUAGGAAACUGUCCCGAGGAGACUAACCGCAGACUGGCCCCGGGACAGAGUCUUAACAAUGGAGACCUCCUGCCUGAGCCUGAAGACCCAAGCCUCCGGAGUGAGUUCCAGAGAAAUGUCAUCUGGACAUUUGAAGACAUCCGCAUGCUGAUUGGCACAGACAUGCCCAUAUUUGGAGGUGGAACUCACCCAGCUGUGAGCCUCAGACUAAGGGACAUGAAGAAGCCAAUCAACGUGCUGACUGGUCUGGACUACUGGCUGGAUAACCUGAUGUGUAAUGUUCCUGAACUGGUCAUGUGUUACCACCUGGAGGGGGUGGUCCAGCAAUAUGAGCUGAUCAAGACAGAGGAGAUCCCCAACCUGGAUGCUUCGCGGUUCUCCCCCCAGGUCAUUAAGGACAUUGCUCAGAACAUCCUGUCCUUCCUCAAGUCCAACUGUACCAAGGAAGGUCACACCUACUGGCUACUUAAAGGAAAUGGAGAUGACGUAGUGAAGCUGUAUGACCUGACCACACUGUGCUCUGAGAACAUGGAGGAUAAAACAUCCAACCCCUUCUCUGUGCCUGUAGCCAUGCUGUUGUACAGAGUUGCUCGCAACAUGCUGAUGGACAGUAACUGCCACAAGCAGGACUUUCCUACUGUCAGGAAGCUGCUGAAACAGUGUAUAGACCUGCUGGAUGAGGACAAACAUCCAGAGAUUGUGACGUCAGCCAACUAUCUGUUGUCGGAUCUCUUUGUCCCCGAUGACCCCAACGAGGAUCCCUGCGUUCCUGCCUCUUCUGACACGGCAGACCAGGAAUUCUGGGAUAGCAGUUGCUACGACGACAAUGAUGAUGAUGAUGUGUCCCAGGACGGGGAUAACUUGGCCGUUGCUGUCAUCAAGUCAGUGGAGGACUUGUACGAGCGGGAGAAGUACAGGUCAUCAGGGAACAGGCCUCCACAUGAAGCAAGACAACCCAUGUCAGUGGAAGAGAGGGCAAGAGCAGCAUUGUCUUAUGUGUCCAAGGCACUCCUGCUGAUUGACAGCUAUGCUUCCAAACUGGCCCCUCCCAAACCAGCUCCCUUCCCCAGUCCUUCUAAAGCCAUCCCCCUGCACUAUGCCAAGCUCUUCCAAAAUGGAGAUGACAGCACCUCUAAACCAGAAGCAGCAGGUUGUCAGGGAGAAGACCAAGUUGUAAGUGAGGACACCCCAUCCCAGCAUGCUCUGACUCCCUGCCACAACAUCAGCAAAGACUCCUGGGAAGGGCAGCUGAAGAUCCUGCUACUGAAGAAGGCUGCCACAGCAUACUUCGCGUUAUCGGACGUUACCAACACCCUGGGGAGGUACGGGUGUGCCCUGAGGUACCUCAGACUGGCCCUGCUGUGCUAUGAUGCAUUCUCGGCCCUGUCCUUUGGGCUGCUGCACGAGAACCGUAACCUGCAGACGUCCUUACUGACCCUGGCCGGAGACGUCCAGCUCAUGAUGGCCAAACACAUCGACAACCACCAGGUGUACGAGGCAGAGCUGGAGGUCAAAAGUCAAGAUGAUGCAGUCAUCUCCAGGAGCGCCAAGCAGGAGCUGACCAAGCCUCUCUGCAGCAAACAUGACUGGGCCACUGAGUUCUCCAUGCACGACAUCGAGAGUUGCCUGGAAACCAGCGUACACUGCUACGAAGAAGCUGCCCUAAAAACCAACCGCAAGGAGUCUCACAACCAGUUCCUCAACGUGAACAAGCGUCUUGGCAACGUGCAGAACGAGAUGGGUGUGAUACUCAUGAACAGGGCUUCAGGGAUGGAGCACGGUCCAGAUCAAGACAAGGUGCUGCAGAGGAGUCUGUGUGCCUUUGAGUCCAGUAUCGGUGCUUUUCGAACUGCCAUGGACACCACUAACAUCGCUCUGCUGCACUCCAACACUGGCCGGCUGAUGAGGGUGUGGGCUCAGUCCUGUGUACAGCAGGACAAGGAAGGCAAGAGGGGGGAGUUCUCACAACAGGAGAGGGUUUACUACAACAAGGCAAGGGACCACUACAUGAAAGCUAUUCAUAUCCUGAAGGAUCGAUCAGCCUUCCCUAUGGUCUGGGACUCUGUGCAGUGGGAGCUGUCAACAACUUUCUUCACCAUGGCAACACUUCUGCAAGACUUCGCACCACUCUCCAUCAAGGCCGAGGAGCAGGUGGAAAAGGAGGUCGUUGACCUGAUGACCAGGUCCAUACGGUAUUGCGACACGGAGACAGAGUCCCCGCGCCAGCCACUGGCGCAGUACCGUGCUGCGACAAUCCAUCACCGCUUGGCAUCCAUGUUUCACAAUGCCUACAGGAACCAGUCUGAGGACCAGAAGAGAAAACAAGCACGAUCACAGGCCGAACACCACUACGGGAAGGCCUGCAGGCUCUUCCAGCAACUGGAACACCCCUGCGAGCUCACCAGAGUGCAGCUGGAAAGGGUGGCUCUCUGCGAAUACCAGCUGGGGGGUCAAACCACAGCUGGGAGUAAAGUGCGAACCCUGUCCACAGCCUUGGGGUACAUGGCUGAGUGCAGGGAAGCAAUGCACAUUAUAUACAAGGAGCUGGGGCCAGACGAAGAAGACACCACACCUGAUGGGGAAAACACCACAUCCAAUGACUUGUCCAAGAACCAGACGGUCCUUUCGAGUCUGGUGCCCAGAGAGGAAAGUGAAAAACUCCUGAACAUCCUGGAGUCCAGACUACAACACCUGCUACACACACUUAUCAAGACAGCAGCAUCAGGGAAAGCCAGUUCUCACAAGCAUCAUGGAGGAAAGCCAAGACGUGCAGGGAAGGCAAAUCGUCACCUUCCGCCGUCUCAGCUUGAGCAGUACAAGAAAGUGUACGCCUCGUGCCUGAGAGGGAUGGCAGAGUCUUCCGCUGGGCUGAUGAGAAGGGUACAGAACAUGGCAGACACACUGGCUCUACUACCACACUGACUGUACAAGCUUUUUGUCACACCUUGUCAACGUGCCGUCCGCCUCACUGUGAGGCUGUAAAUUUUAAUGCUCGCUGAUAAAUGAGGACAAAAUAUCCAGUAAUGCGUGGCUUACAGAACAAUCUACAGAUGACUGAGGUACACUUCUUGUUGUAGACAGAAGUCAGUAUUUGAAUGGAUCAUUGAAAUUGGUCAUUUCAUGCUAAGAAUAAGUGCAGUCAGUUUUGUACAGAUACAUGUACAAUCAUUUUGUAAAUUACAACUUCCAAUACAACAGACCAAGAAUGUGUAUUGUGAGAUUCUGUAAAGACUGUUAUAUGGGUUCAAGGUGGUUGCUCAUAUAACCUCUUUGAUGGGAUGAAGAAUGGGAAUUGUACCAGUUGAGUUCUUACUUGUUGCAAAGAUGUCUAGAUGAAAAAGUAUAAGAAAAUGCAGUGGUUGUAAAUACUCUGCACAGAAGCAGCUUUAGAUAGUAUUUUCUGCUGCUCGAAGAGUACAGACUUCAGAAUAUGGACUCUAUGAUGUAAUGUUACAGCAUUGUGAAAAACUGUGCAAGUGUGAAAACAUGUGGGCCAUUGAAAACAGACAGUUCAAUGAUUAACGUACAUGUGACAUAUUGACACCCUGUGUGACAGUUCAUGUACAUUAGACGAUCCUUAUUGAUGCUAAUACAUUUGUGUACAGUCAAUCCCAGGCAGGCAGUGCCACAGGUGAUCCAUUGAAAUUAGCCCUUGUUUGUCCACCUGCUGAAAGAGAGAGACUUCAGUAAUAGGUCUUGAUGGUCAUGUUUCAGCAUACCUAGCAUUCCUAAGCCCCACAUCUUAGAGAAACUAAAGCAAAACUAUUAAGAUUCACCAGAGACCAUACUGUAUUCAGUGAUGGGGUGUUGCAAGUUGUACGAUACUUUCUGGUGUCCUGUGUUUGGGUAUCAGGUGUGUAAUGCCCAAUUCAUUGCAAUGUACUUCCCAAUGUACCUGCUAAAGACUCUUGUAAAUUGUUGUCAGACAUUUCAUAGCCUGAGUGCCAUCUUCUACAUUCGAUAUUCCACUGCUGAUGUAGCUAUGCUGUAACGAACCCUAACGACUCGGCACUGCUUGGACUAAAGCUGGGGAAAAUCAUUGUUCCUCAGCCUAAUUAGACACAGUGUAGCUCAGAGGUACUUGUGAUGUGUCGACUUCAAGUGCCAGUUUAUCCUGCUAAGUAGUCUCUGAGGCCUUUAAACAGUAGGGGGGCUAACGUCAUUGUUGGAUGCUAUGUAACGUUAACUGUCCUCUUGGGUAAGGAGGGUAACUCUGACAGAUGUGAUACCCCUAAUAAGGGCCUGGACUCGCUCAGUAUCAUCAUAACUCAGAAUAUAACUAAGAUAAGACAUGCUGGUUACCUUUCUUGGGGAUGUAUUCAAAAUUGUGGAAAUAGUGGACAUGUUUAUGUACAUGUAUGUACUGUACAUAUGUACAUUGUAGACGACCAGACUGCAUAAUGGCCUUGCUCAAAAACACAAUGACCAUCUUAGUGCCUUACUGAUCAAAGGUGGUUUUCAGUGCAAUACUUGUUUUAUGAUAUCUACGUUUUCCCUUUUAAUUUUAAACUAUCAGUAUAUCGCAAGCUGUUGUAGACACACUAAUCUACAAAAUCUAUACAGUCACAGUACUGACAAUGGCCACAGAUGGAAAUGUCACUAUUGGUGAUAAGAAGAAAUGCAGUAUAUGAACACCA